AUGGAGUCCGAAAAUAGCUCUGAUGAGCUUGUGGUCAGCAACCCUCAUGGUAGGUGGUUUUAUGAUUUUUUUGUUUAUGAUUUUAGAUUUUUAUACUCUAAGGAUAUUACUUUAGAUAUCCAAGAGGACGUCUUGCAUUUCUUGAUCUAUUUGCAUCGAAUUAUCCAGGAAAAACAAGUGGAUGAAGUCUACGAACUGUACAAGCACUUUUUCGGAGAACAGUCGGACCGGUUUUUCUCUGAAAGAAGCUGGCCGGAUGCCAAGAAAUUAGAAGAUACCAACAGCUUCGGUAAGUCUUUUUAUUCCAUUAUUUCAACGUUUAGACCAUCUUUUCAUCGUCCUUUACAAGGAGCUCUACUACCGCGAUCUCUACCAACGUUCUCGCCGUGGACCAUCGCUCCAACAUCGCUACGAAUCUUAUCUUAACUAUCAGGAGCUCUUUUCUGAACUUCUUUGUGGAAAAGAACAACCAACGGAUAUUAUCCUCCCAAAUGUUUGGUUGUGGAAUAUCAUUGAUGAGUUCGUCUAUCAAUUCCAAGCUUUCUGCUUGUACCGUACCAACCCUACGAAGAGAACUGCCGAUGAUAAUGAAGAGAUGUUGGAGUUUGAAGAAUUAGAGAACGUGUGGAAUAUCUAUCCAGUUCUCAACAUUCUCUACUCUCUCUUGGACAAAUCACAGGUUAAUGAGCAGCUGAAGGCUAUUCGGGAAGGACGUAAGCACACUUUUUGAUAUUUUUUAUGAUUUUUUAUUUAAUUUUUAGGUAAUCCCGAUGAUGUUGCUGAUGAAUUUGGCCGCUCCCCGUUGUACUUCAAGCUGGGAUACUUUGCUCUGAUUGGGUUGUUGAGAAUGCAUGUGCUCCUUGGAGAUUAUCAUCAAGCUCUGAGAACUGUGGAGAAUUUGGAGUUCGAUCCAAAGGUGAGUCCAAUUUCAAUUCUUUUUUAAUUUUUAGGGUCUCUACAACGCCGUUCCAUCAUGCUUUGUGACUCUCCAUUACUUUGUUGGAUUCUCCCACAUGAUGAUGAGAAAUUAUGGAGAGGCUACCAAGAUCUUCGUCAAUUGUUUGCUUUACAUCCAGCGAACUCAAAACCUCCAACCUCAAGGACAGCAGCAGAAUGCUAAGAAGCCAACCAAAUACGAUGUUGUAAGUUUUGAGUGUUAAAACAGACAUUUUUUUGUUUGUUUUUAUGGUGUACUUGGCAUGUGUAAUAUAAUUUUUGAUUGAAAAAGCUAAAAUUGAUGUUUAUUUUAGAUUGCCAAAACCCACGAGCAAUUGUAUUAUUUGUUGGCCAUCUGCCUGUGUCUUCAACCACAACGCAUCGAUGAGGCGAUUCAAACUCAAUUGAUGGACCGGCUGGGAGAGAGAGUCCUCAGAAUGUCUAAUGGGUAAGGUUUUUCUCUUGUUUGUUUUUUGUAUUUAGAUGGAUCAACUAUUGAAUGAGUAUUUUACAAUGUUUCGUCGUCAUCUUUUAGAGAAAUCGACGAAUUCCGACAUUGUUUUAUGCAAGGAGCUCCGAAGACUCUGUCUCCGACAACCACCGUCUUCGAUGGAUCCAAUGUGGCUUCGGAACCGUUGAUCCGGCAGUGUAAUGUUUUCCUGGAGGGAAUUGAGUCACAAAUUUGUUUGCCUGUUCUUCGAGGAUACUUGAAAUUGUACACCUCACUUCCAGUCGCUAAAUUGGCAUCGUUCAUGGACAUUGGAGAAUCUGAACUGGAUACAUUUGUGGGAAAACUAUUGACCUUCAAGGUGCGUUGGAUUAGAACUUGAGAGAUUUUGGAGUUUAGUUUUAUGUUGAAAAAUAAUUUUAUAUUGUUUUAGUUGAUCGUCAAUGAACUUGGAAAAGAUACGAGAGAAAGAGCCGAGCAGAAAGAUCCCGAUGAUGAUGAUACUGUCCUGGACCUCGACUUCUUCGUUGACAAUGGAAUGAUUGUAGUCGCGGAGUCGAAAGUGGACAGAAGAAUCACAGAACAUUACAUCAAGUACAUCCUCAAGCUCCGAGAUGUCAAAAAAAUUGUUGAUGAAAUCCCAGCAGUCGCCUAA